AUGUUUCGAUUGGCCUACCCCACAUUAAUCCAGACCCGCUCGUCGAUUCGACCACUUCUCCUUAGCACUAACCGCCCCAUCGUCCGCCAUUCAUCUGCAGCAUCGUCGGCAGAAUCUACCCAUGCUAACGGUAUUGUACCCGUUGCUGUAAUCACCGGUGCAUCCCGCGGGAUAGGCCGUGCUAUUGCGCUGCAGCUCGCCCGAGACGGGUACGACGUUGCACUCAACGACCUCCCCUCCAACCAAAUGCAGCUGGAGGGCCUCAGCUCCGAGAUAAUUGAGCAGGUAGGCCGCCGGGCUCUGGUAAUUCCUGGAGAUGUGUCUGUUGAAGGUGAUGUGAGGAGUUUGGUGGAUGCGAGCACGAAGACUUUUGGAAGACUUGAUGUUAUGGUAGCUAACGCAGGAAUUGCUGUGAUGGAACCACUACUUCAAAAUAAAAUUGAAGAUUGGGAUAGAGUCAUUGCCGUCAACCUUCGCGGGGUGUAUCUCUGCUACAAAUAUGCCGCGCAGCAGAUGAUCGAGCAAGGGCGUGGGGGUCGUAUCAUUGGCGCAUCAUCAGUCCUUGGCAAAGUCGGCAACGUUGCAGGCAUUCCCCUCCUUGGCGCCUACUCAGCUGCAAAGUCUGGCGUGCGCAGCUUAACCCAGACUGCAGCCGGCGCUGACGAUGUGAUUGUGCUCACUGUAGCCCAGGAAUGGGCGCAAUACGGUAUCACCGUCAACGCGUACGCACCAGGACCUGUGGAAACUGAUAUGCGUAAGCCACUUCCCUCUUUUAUUACCCCUCAAGAAAAGCAACAAACUGCUGAAAACCUACAUACAGUCAGAGGAAUCUCCUUGAUUCCUGACGAAGUCAUCCGCGAAGCCGCAGAGAGACGCAUGACGAAAACGGAUCUCGGAUACCUGGGAACUCCAGAAGACAUCGCUGGUCUAGUAUCAUUUUUGGCUUCAGAAAAGGGACGCUUUAUCACAGGUCAAGCCGUACGUCAUUUCAUUACUCACAUUUUCAUACCUCGAGUCUCAUCACUGCUAUUCACAUUUCCAUUCACAGAUUACGAUUGA